GAAUUUUGAGAUAAAGUGGCUUUCGCUUCCUAAAUCCCUCCAAUAGAGAGAAUUGAAGAGAAACUCAAGAGUCUGGUCCAAAUUAAUAGGCUUUUCCUUUAUUUAGAGGAGGUGUAAUAGUUGUUGUAUUAGCAGAUUGAUCGAAAAAUUUUUUUUCGACUGAUAGAAACACUUCUUGGACAAUCUUGAAAAGGGUUUGGAGAUUUUGCCGAGAAAAAACAGAGAAUCGAUGUGGUCAAGCGACAAAAACUUUCCAGCGAGGGGUUUCUUGACCCCACAGCCCCCUGCAUGGAAGAAAACACAGUCCGCUACCGCCUUGCCAUUGUCUGAGAGGAAAAGAAUCUCGCCUGCCAAUAAUGGCGACUUUCAUGUCAUUCAUAAAGUGCCAGCUUCUGAUUCUCCUUAUGGCAGGGCAAAGCACGUACAGUUGAUAGACAAGGACCCAAAUAAGGCGGUUUCCCUGUUCUGGGCAGCCAUUAAUGCUGGAGAUCGUGUUGAUAGUGCAUUGAAAGACAUGGCUGUCGUAAUGAAACAACUGGAUAGAUCUGAUGAGGCUAUUGAGGCAAUCAAAUCUUUCCGCCAUCUAUGUUCUCAUGAUUCUCAGGAGUCUCUUGAUAAUGUCCUUGUUGAACUCUACAAGAGGUCUGGAAGGGUUGAUGAAGAGAUUGAAAUCCUUCAGACCAAACUGAGGAACAUCGAGGAAGGAACUGUUUUCGGUGGGAAGAAGACCAAGAUUGCAAGAUCUCAAGGGAAGAAGAUUCAGAUUACUAUUGAACAAGAGAAAUCAAGGAUACUAGGGAAUUUGGCUUGGGCCUAUCUCCAGCAACAUAAUUAUGGAAUUGCUGAACAACAUUACAUAAAAGCUCUGUCUCUGGAGCCAGAUAAGAAUAAGCAAUGCAACCUGGCAAUAUGCUUGAUGCACAUGAAUAGGAUCGGUGAAGCAAAGUCACUGCUUCAGGAUGUUAAAGCUUCAGCUGGAACUGAAGAGAUGGAUGAAUCCUACUCGAAAUCGUACGAACGUGCUAUUGAAAUGCUGAUGCAAGUAGAGUCUCAAUCAAAUUUAGAGCCGGUUGUGGAACAUGAACCAAAUAAAGGGAAAGAAACUCGAAGAUUCUUGAUGUCACGCGGGGAUCAAAGCUUGAAGGAAGCUAGCGUUUUCCUUCCCAGAAAUGAAGAUAAUAGUCCUUGGUGUAUGGGCAGGAGAAGGUUGCCUCAUGGAGAUGAGCAAAAUGGUGAAUCAUACCAUGAAAACCACCAUCACCUUGACAAGAAUGAUAACUUGUCUAGAUAUGAUGACACAAGUUCACAAUGUACACCAAUUGGACUGAAAGGUAGUUUGCAGUCUACUCCACAAACCAUGCUCACUGAGAAGUGGAGAAAAGGCUCGUACUUCGGAAGCCCAAUUGAAGGGUCAGUGUAUUCCAGCAAGCUGAAGGAAGGCUGUAGGUAUUCAACCAGACAAGAAGUAGGUUCCUCACAUAAGAAUAUGUAUGCUUCCUUAGCAGCUGGUAGGAAGAACUCAGAAGUUCUGUUAACCCAGCCAAGACGAUGUUCGUGGGGUUUCACUCCAGAUCAGAGGAGAGGAGGAAGAUGGGGAGAAGAUACAGUUAGAAAUUCAAGUCGAAAGCUUUGUUUCGAGCAAACUGUAACCACCGAAAGUGUGACGUCACCUUCAAUCCAGAAUCUUAAAGAACAACCACCUUCUUCAAGUAAUGUGAAGCCCAAAAACUCUCCAGUUGGCGUAGAGGAGGAAGAGGAGUCAGUGGAAGGCUUAUUCACUCAGCCAAGAAACUCUUCGUCGAGGCCAAACGAUAGAGAUAAAACAAGGAGAAGAUGGGCUGAAGAAUCCAUUGGCGGCAAUUCAUGCGGUGUGACUAAUCAUCCACUGCAAAUUCUUAAUGUGGUUUCUUCUAAAGAUGAAUCAGAAAUUGGACUGGAAAAACCAGCAAAUACUGCACAAAAAAAAAACCUGGCAGACAUGGUUGAAGAAGAGAGAAGGAAGAAUUUCAGCGUGGAAAAAAUAUCUGAGGAAGAGCUCUGA